AUGGAGUCCUCUCUGUGUGUGUCCACGGCUCUGGAGCGCUUACCUUUCAACAACACCGCACUGAAAAAGCUGCCGGUGGAUGAUACAGAUGAGACCGGGUCCCGGACUGUCCGGGCGGCGUGUUUCUCCCGGAUUAGGGCUCUUCAGCCCCUUGUCCGUCCCCGCUUCGUGGCCCUGUCCCAGCCAGCGCUGGCCCUGCUGGGUCUGAGUGUGGAGGAUGUGCUGAGUGAUCCUCUGGGUCCAGAGUAUUUGAGCGGCUCCAGGCUGAUGCCGGGCUCCGAGCCGGCUGCGCACUGUUACUGCGGCCACCAGUUUGGGUUGUUUGCGGGUCAGCUGGGAGAUGGAGCUGUGAUUUACCUGGGGGAGGUAGAGUCGGGCACCCAAGGGCGAUGGGAGAUUCAGGUUAAAGGUGCAGGAGUCACACCUUACUCCAGAGAUGGUGAUGGCAGGAAGGUCCUUCGCUCCAGCAUCAGAGAGUUUCUCUGCAGUGAGGCCAUGGCUGCCCUCGGGAUACCUAGCACCCGUGCAGCCUCCCUCGUGACCUCUGACCUCUAUGUGAGCAGAGAUCCGCUCAACAAAGGCCAGCGCAUUCCUGAGCGCUGUUCGGUCGUCCUGCGUCUCGCCCCUUCCUUCAUCAGGUUUGGAUCCUUUGAGAUCUUUCGGGGCCGAGAUGAAUUCUCAGGUCUGCAGGGUCCCAGUGUAGGGCGGCAUGACAUUCGUGCUCAGCUGCUGGAUUAUGUCAUUGAGACUUUCUAUCCUUGCAUUCAGCAGGCUCACAGCAACCGGAAAGAUAGAAACGCAGCUUUUUUCAGAGAGGUAAUGAUGCGAACCGCCAAGCUAGUGGCCAAGUGGCAGUGUGUUGGCUUUUGCCAUGGCGUCCUGAACACAGACAACAUGAGCAUCUUGGGUUUAGCUCUAGAUUACGGCCCCUUUGGUUUCAUGGACAGAUUUGAUCCAGAUUUCAUCUGCAACGCCUCAGACAAAAGAGGGCGUUACUCUUACCAAGCCCAGCCAUCUGUGUGCCGCUGGAACUUGGCGCGCCUGGCUGAAGCGUUGGGUUCUGAGCUGGAUGUAGCUGAGGCGGGAGCUAUACUGGAUGACUUUAUGCUCACGUAUGAAGCCUUCUACCUGUGCAUCAUGAGGAAGAAGCUGGGCCUCGUGAGAAAAGAAGAGGCAGAGGACAGAGAGCUCGUAUCAGACCUGCUGUGUGUCAUGCACAACACUGGUGCAGAUUUCACCAACACCUUCCGCUUGCUGAGCUGUGUUCCCUGGCCUGAGGAGGGUGACAGUGAGAGGGCAGCAGUGGGGCCAGUAGUGGAUCUCAUCCUACAGCAAUGUGCCUCUAUUGAGGAGCUUAAGGUGGCUAACAAGCCAACUGUGCAGGACCGUGAAUUAGCGAUGAUUCUGUCCAUGGCACAAACCAACCCAGUCAUGUUUAGCAUGGUGUCAGACAGGCCAGAUGUGGCCCAGCAGCUGGAACGGAUGGGCCGACUAAAGGAGCUGCUCGAGACAGAUCAACAUGAACUUCAGGAAAAGCAGCGUGAUGACUGGAUUCACUGGGUUAGCCGCUACAGGAGGCGUUUAGCCAAGGAGUGUGAUGGCACAAGUGACUUGUCUCUCAUCAAAAAGGAUAGGCUCAGUGUGAUGAACAGCAACAAUCCCCGGAUCGUCCUACGCAACUACAUCGCCCAGAAUGCAAUUGAGGCUGCAGAAAAGGGAGAUUUCUCUGAGGUCAACAGGGUCCUCGAAGCUCUGGAGAAACCAUAUUCUGAUGCAUUUGAACCGGAGCCUUUGGACGCACCCAGUGCACGUGGGGAAAAGGAGCAGAAAGGGAGGGAUCUGACUGUUGGCUAUGACAGUAAACCUCCUGCCUGGGCACAAAGAAUUUGUAUCACCUGAUCCUCAUAG